UUACAAGACAUAGAAAAAGCAUUCUUAAGCGCCAAAUUUGGAAGUGAGGACGUGUUCAAAUUGGGAAUGCUAUGCUUUAUAGAGUUUGUGAUAUUGGGGAAAGCCCCCAAUGUUAGGAUAAACGAGGAGUAUUUACACUUGGUACAUAAUAUGGAGGAAUUAAACAACUUUCCGUGGGGUUCGAUAUCAUUUGAGCAGCUCCAGGAUUCUUUGUUGUUUAGUCCUGGAAAAAGAGAGAGUGAUGAGAAUGAUGAUGGGAAAGAGAAACGACAGAGAAAAGGAAAAGAAGAGGUGAAAAGGAAGAAGAAGUUGGAGGAUAAAAAGCGUAAAAGAAUUAACAGACCGGCGUGGACUAUAAAGGGAUUGAGCUUUGCUUUCCAGGUUUGGGCGUAUGAAUUGAUUCCUGAAUUGGAAAUGGCGCCUCUGAGAUAUUGUAAGAGGAAGGACAAAACUGAAUUAGUUCCUCGUAUUUGCCGGUGGGAAUCUACUGAUAAAACCCCUGAGUUUAGAAAGUUGAAUGCGUAUAUUUUUCAAAGCAAACAGCAUGUUUCGUUACGCCUCAUACGACCAAGUGCACUGGAGCUGAGGCAAAAGUACUGGACUUGGGGAACUAAUUUUCAUAAAGAGGAUGCACCUAGUAUGGGUCCUCGAGUAUGUACGGACCUUGCUGAAGUAAGCUCUCUUGUGCAGCGAUUGAGGGAUGAGAUUGAAAUUUUGCAUCGUGAAAAGA